AUUUUAACCUGCAUACUGGAUGGUGGAUUGAUACAACAUUUUUGGAAACUCCUGUCCUGGAAUUUUGGAAAAGAACUGAAGGAAGCCACCAAAGGUAUCGCAUCUGUACAGCAACCAUUUGUUAAUGGAUAUCCGAGGCUACUUCGUUUGAUGCACAACUUUUUUGAGAAACUUGAAGUUAAAGGAUAUCUAAAGUUUAACGGGGAUUCUCAAAGUCAAGAAAUAUUGAUAAUGUUGCAAAGCAUUUUGGGUUUCGAGAUGGGGUAUUUGGAGAGAUCCGUCAUUAGAUUGUUUGAACCUGUCAAUGUAGCUUUCCCGACGGGCACUCAUCGCGCUCCUCCAUCGAAAUCCGAUGUUACAAAUAUAGUUCGAACCAUGUCAAGUGAGUUGGAGGUGGCCAAGCUCGAUUCGCGUUUGUUGCACGCUGUCGCAAAGAACGUUGUCAAAGCCUUAAACUUGUAUUGCACCAAGGCCGAAAAUAUGGCUGUUGUGGACUCCACUGCAUACCAAGUGACUGGUCCUGGACCAUGUACAACAUCACAAAACAUCAAUUUCGAACUCAUCAAUACAUUAUAUAAUUUACAUCAAUCAGUGUGGAAGGUACUUGAAGAAUACCCAGAUGACAUAACUGAAAUAGUAUUUGAUGCCAUAGAGCAUACUAGAAAAGUGAUGCUUGGCAUUGUUGAUCCAUUAUUUACGCACAUUAAAAAGGAACUCGAGCUUAUCAUCAUCAAAAUUCACAAAGAAGAUUUUUCAAGACAACCCGUCAAAACCCUUGUGUUUCCGCAACAAACUGAGGCGCAAUGUAGUGGUUACAUGAUCGAACUUUCGGAUCGUAUGAACUACAUUCAAAAAGAGUUGAUGUCAAAAAUUUCCUGUGGCCUGAAUGGAAAGGAAUGGACAAAUGCAUUGGGUAAAAGAAUUCUUUACUUUUGGAUGUUACACGCAAGUUUAGUUCGUCCAUUGACCGAAAAUGGAAAGUUAAAGUUAACCCGAGACAUGGGUCAACUAGAAUUCUCUUUAAAUCAAUUACUUAUUGAGAAUGGUUCGAGCAUAGAAGAGUUAACAAAUGAAUAUAAUGCUCUGAGAGCUUUCAAGCAGUUACUAUUUCUUGAUAACUCACAAAUGGCCGAGGAACAGCAUACACAAAAUCUGCCACUUUUGAUAUUGAUUCAUCAUAUAAUAGUGAGAUCAUCUACGUCCACUUUCACACAUAACGCGAAUACCAUAGACACACUACAGUUACCGCAUAAGAUUUAUGGAUGGACUGAGUCGGACUAUUCAAAAUGGCUGGAUGAUCACAAUGAGAGUGAAGGUAUGGAUUUGGUGAAGGGUUGCUUGAGAACUAGCGCAGAGUUGGAGAUGAAUGAGGAACAAGAGUUAUUUGAAGAAAAGUUG